AUGGAUGAGCUACUCUUGAGCCCUGACAAAGCAUGGAAGCUGAACCUUGUUCUGCAGCGACUCUAUCUCAUGGGUGCUCCGAAGGUUUUGAUGGCGUGCAUCAUCCUGCUCACGGCAAACUCGAAAUUGGACACAUUCACAGAGUCCAUUGAAUUUAUUGAAGUCUUCAGUGGAGAUGGCUGGGUGUCGAAGUGCAUGAAAGCAAACGGCAUUGCCACUGUUUCAUUUGACAUUCGAUUGGGAGAUCCAUUGCCUGGCAAGCAAGAUGCUAUGGACCUGCUAUCCGAUGCAGGGCACAUUGGUUGGAGCAGUUCCCCCACAAUUCAAUGCUUGGACUUGGGCCGUUUGUGCAAAAAGUACAAAGACACGAUUGCCAAGUAUGGUGUAAAGAGCACCAAGCAGUACAAGUCGAAGACCGGUGUCAAAAGGUUUGCUGGCUCCAAAGCAUUGAAGUCAACGGGGUCUUACCCUCCAAAGUUUGGACUUCGAUUGGCCAGGCUUUACCCACGAUUCAUCCGCACACGUCCUCGCUUCUGGGCUCAUGUGGAGGAGAACAACUUGAACUUUGGCAUCGAUCUCUUCGAAUCCUUGCCGUGGCAUGAUAUGGAUUGGUGGGUGGACGCCAGAAUGGAAUCAGUCUUUCGCUAUUUGCGGGGGAGUCAUGAUUUGAAGUUGGGGGGCUUGAGGUCCCUUUUUCCAACUGAAAUUUAA